UUUUUUUUAGGUUUAUACUUUAUAACCGAAACUGAGAAAAAUUUCUAGGGUUUCCUCUUCCGCAUCGUCGUCUUCGUCUCCAGCUCCUCCUGUGCGUUUCUUCUCUUAAUCGAGGCUAAAAUGGGUAGAUGUCCGACUAGAAAAGUGAAGAAGAGGAGAUUAUCUCACAAAACAGCUCGCCGUGACAAAUUCGAAGUGAAAGGAGACGAUUUGGUUUACACUGAGUUGCGUAAACCUGAGUCGGAGAUGAAGCCUUUAGAGCUUGACCAGGAUUUGCCUGGAAUGGGUCAAUUCUACUGCUUACACUGCGAUCGGUACUUCUCCAAGUCAUCAGUGCGAGAUGAUCAUUUCAAGACUAAGAAACACAAGAAACGUGUGAAGAUGAUGAAGGGACCAGCGCCCCACUCGCAACUCGAUGCAGAUUUAGCCGGUGGAAUGGGAAUGCCGGACAAUGGCCCAAAGCUUAUGUCUGUCUGAGUUUUACAGUUUUGUUUUUCCCUAUUAGUUCAACAGUUGAUGGAACUUGGAUUUUGUUGUAAGAUGGUCCUUAACUAAAUUAAUGAUACAAGGUUUUGUCUGAUCGUCUU